AUGAGCUUAAAGGGCACCUGUUCUCACAGUAUGGAGAUGAUGUCGGCUUACAGGAACGUGCUGCUUACCCAGACUCAUACAAAGGGUGCUGGGGUCUGCGGUGUGGGACGCCUCAAGGGCUACUACCGUCCUGUUGUGAAGGGCUACGACCGUCAUGUUGUGAAUGGCUACUACCGUCCUGUUGUGAAGGGCUGCUACCGUCCUGUUGUGAAGGGCUACUACCGUCCUGUUGUGAAGGGCUACUACCGUCCUGUUGUGAAGGGCUACUACCGUCCUGUUGUGAAGGGCUGCUACCGUCCUGUUGUGAAGGCCUACUACCGUCCUGUUGUGAAGGGCUACUACCGUCCUGUUGUGAAGGGCUACUACCGUCCUGUUGUGAAGGGCUGCUACCGUCCUGUUGUGAAGGCCUACUACCGUCCUGUUGUGAAGGGCUACUACCGUCCCGUUGUGAAUGGCUACGGCCGCCAUGUUGUGAGGGCCUACUACCGUCCUGUUGUGAAGGGCUACUACCGUCCUGUUGUGAAGGGCUUCUACCGUCCUGUUGUGAAGGGCUACUACCGUCCUGUUGUGGAGGCCUACUACCGUCCUGUUGUGGAGGCCUACUACCGUCCUGUUGUGAAGGGCUACUACCGUCCUGUUGUGAAGGGCUACUACCGUCCUGUUGUGAAGGGCUUCUACCGUCCUGUUGUGAAGGGCUACUACCGUCCUGUUGUGAAGGGCUUCUACCGUCCUGUUGUGAAGGGCUUCUACCGUCCUGUUGUGAAGGGCUUCUACCGUCCUGUUGUGAAGGGCUACUACCGUCCUGUUGUGAAGGGCUACUACCGUCCUGUUGUGAAGGGCUACUACCGUCCUGUUGUGAAGGGCUACUACCGUCCUGUUGUGAAGGGCUACUACCGUCCUGUUGUGAAGGGCUUCUACCGUCCUGUUGUGAAGGGCUACUACCGUCUUGUUGUGAAGGGCUACUACCGUCCUGUUGUGAAGGGCUACUACCGUCCUGUUGUGGAGGCCUACUACCGUCCUGUUGUGAAGGGCUACUACCGUCCUGUUGUGAAGGGCUACUACCGUCCUGUUGUGAAGAGCUACUACCGUCCUGUUGUGAAGGGCUACUACCGUCCUGUUGUGAAGGGCUACUACCGUCCUGUUGUGAGGGCCUACUACCGUCCUGUUGUGAAGGGCUACUACCGUCCUGUUGUGAAGGGCUACUACCGUCCUGUUGUGAAGGGCUACUACCGUCCUGUUGUGAAGGGCUACUACCGUGAUGCUGUGAAGGGCUACUACCGCCCUGUUGUGAAGGGCUUCUACCGGCUUGUAAAAGACUACCACUGA